GCGAAUGUUCGGCUACAGCCAAUGAAAGAAUACGUACCUAAGAGUUUGAGUCUCCUGUACCUGCCGCCAUUACACUGGAGCAUGCUUGUUGGCUUUUAGUCGUUUUAAUGCAUUUUAGUAGGAAUUGAAGGCAAAUUGCCAGAAUGCCAACAAAAAUAUUUAUUGGAAAUUUGGGACCAGAUACACAGGCUUAUGAUUUGCGUCCAUUGUUCGAAAAAUAUGGACAUGUAGCAGAAUGUGAUGUACUCAGGAACUAUGGCUUUGUGCACAUGAGUGAUGACAAUGAAGCACAAGUUGCUAUAACAGAACUUGAUGGAUAUUCAAUCCAUGGACACAGAAUGAGAGUUGAGCGAUCCACAGGGAAGAGGGUUGAAGGUGGUGGAAAAGAAAGAGCUCGAGGUGGUGGCAGGGGCAGGGGAAGAGGAGGUAUCGCCCGGGGUUCAGGCAGGGGGUCUCCACGAGGAGGUGGCGGAGGACUCAGAGAUUCUUACGCGAGCCGGUAUCCUCCACCUCAUCCGUACGACAGAUAUGAUCCCUAUUACAGAUAUCCCUACCCAGAAAGGGAUCCUUACUACAGACCCCCUCCUCCCAGUGAUAGGUACCCACCAAGGAUGCCCCCACCCCCACCCCCAGGUGAUCGUUAUCCUCCAAGGGAGAGAUUGCCCUCAGGGGAAAGGCCACUACCUCCUCCAGACAGACGAGCAGCAUAUCCUGACCCCAGGGAUCGAAUGCUACCACCACCCAGAGAUAGAUAUGGGUACCCAGAGGAAAGAAGUCCAUAUGAACGAAGUCCCUAUGAGAGAGCACGACCUCUGGAUGUACCUUCAGACCCAUAUUAUAGAGAACGUAGCCCUGUGGCUAGACCACCCCCAGAAUACUAUGAACGACCAUUGGCAGACUAUCCCCCUCCUGCUCGACGACCAGCUCAGGAAAAUGGCCAAGGCUACCCUAACGGUUACGACUAUUACAGCAAGCGACCUGACUAUCGAGAUCUAGAAAGACCUGCUGUGAGUAGUCACUCAGCACCCCAGUACCAGCAGCCCAGGAUGACUGGGACAGGGAGCACCACCGCACAGAAAAAUCCCUAUGAUAGCCAGUCACUGUUACAAACAGGACCAAUAUUCUUUUAAGAUAUGUUAUGAUAUAGUAAACUUUUGAGUAGGACUUGAUCAGGACUGUUGAUAUGGUAACACAGUCCCAUUCUUACACUGUCUCUAAACACAGUCAGUCAAUUACCAUGACGUCCAUGGUGUCUUCUUUCACGAUGAAAUGGUGUUUGCAUUUAAUUAUCUGGUAGAUCAGUUACUGAUAAGAGAUAUUCUCCUUGUCGAUUGUUUUUUCUGGGGCAGUUGGGUAGCCCAUUUUCUUGUGUCUCUCCCGUGAUAUUGCUGGAAUAUUGCUAAAGCGGUGUUAAACAAUACUUAGUACUAGUGUUCUGUCUUCAAAAUGAAAUGUUUCUCAGUAUUUUGUAAGUGGACUAGCUGCAUAAUUCCCCCGUGGCGACAGGAUUAUGCAGCUCGUAUAUCACGUGUCCUGAUCAGUAAAUUACAUUGUACCUGUGAGGAUGCAUUGUGUGUCAAGAGAUUUCAUGUUAUCAUUUGUCAUUGUUUUGUUCAUAUCAUCCACUAUUUUCAUGACAUUUCAGACAAAAGUUUUUACAACAUUAACUUUGUAAGAUUGAAUGUUUCACUGCUUAGUGGCCAUCUUUGUGCCAUUGUAUGAACAAAUAUUAAGAACAACUGUAGGUGUUCCGAGGUUUAAUGAGCCUGACAAAUAUUGGUUAUGCAACAUAAGUUCCGUUCUCAGCUCAUGUUAGACUCCCUGUCUAUGUUCUCUGACAAGUGUCCUCAAAUUGAGUUUGUUUGGUACCUCAUCAAGCCCUUACGAAUUGUUUCUUUUUCACCUGUAUAUAUAAGUAAUCAGUUGAAAUAUGCAUUCUUCCAUAUAAUAUUGACUCCCUUGCUUGGCGUUCUGUUAUUAUCCAAACUAACACGUGUUCUAGCUGAGGUGAAAUUUUAUAAACAUCAGUCAUUAAAUUAUUAUCUCAUUUGAGUGUUCGAUUUUACCUCGGGGUGAUCUUGUAAGUGAUAUAGGAAUUAACAUGACAUUGGCAAGUUCUUCAUUAUCCGAAUACUCAGAAUAUCUCUGAUUUCACUUGAUCUGACCUGUGACAUCUGCAUGUUGAAUGGUAUGAUAGAGAUGAGUGGUGAUCCAUGUGCACAAAUGUUCAACCAAAAUAUUUUUUCAUUACCAUUUCCAUGAACAUUUGUCAACUGCCAUUGUUUUUGUACUGAAAUGCAGCACGUUCAUCCCCUAAACAUGUACUUAAACAGCUAGCAUUCAUAGUGCUUCCUCUUUAGUGGUGGGUGUUAGACGUGAAAUUCAUACGCAAGCAUUAAACAUGUCACUUGUUGAACACACUUCUCUUCUCACAUUGGUAACUAGUUUUCAAAAUGUGUGCCUUUACCGACAAGUAGGGCUUAUGAUUGAAUGUACAUAAUUUUUUUCCCAUUAUUAUUGUGAUUAGAUUAGCAAUGUAAGCAGUUAUCAUUUUAACCCUUUGUCUACCAUAGCAAUGUGUAUGGUGGGGACAGGGUUAAGGCCAUGUGCACACUGGCUGUCUGGUGUUGCAAACAUCAUAUCUGCUGGCCUCAACAAUCAGGGCAGCUAUUCUAAAUCAUGUUACCAUGGUUACCUUGCAAUUGUCAGUGAACAUAGCAGGCUUAGUACAUGGUCAAUCACUUUGUCAAUUCUGAAGAAUGAAGACACAACUUAAGACUGUCCAGUGUAAUGCUAAUCCAUAUUGUUGUAUUUGUAGAUGGAACGAUUUAUUUGAGCAUUAGUUUCUUUUAAAAGUUGUGUUUAGUACAGUUGUAAGGAAUCUCAGUUUCUGUGGGUUUUAAUGCGAUUGUUAGAAAGUGCUUAGGUCACACAAUGUUGAUUUGGAGUAAAUUGUUUGUAAUUCAUGAAGUGAAUACAGGUUGUCAUGUACUGAAUUUUGUACUUUAAGCACCAUGUUAUUUCACAUAGGUAGUUAAAUCGUGUCCAUUGAUUGUCACAUGAGCAUACCAUGUGUUUGUAAUGAUGUGUUGCUUGGUAGAUGUUUGUGUUGUAGGAUGAUCUUGCUAUAAGACUAUAUGCCACAUUGUGUACAAAGGGCAGAGGCUCCUAUCCCAUUCAACAAGACAUAGGAAGAUUGCCUAAACAAGGCCUCUUCAGUAAUGGGGACAUUUUGCAAAUAUGAUAGCUGGUAAAUAUUAUCAAUUUUACAGGACAUUUGACUAUCCUUGAAGGACCAUUACCAAUGCCAUCUUUGCACAGUGUGUGUUCAUUGAGGUGAUCAUGGGCAUCUCGAAUCCACCACAGCUUGUGUACCAAGAUAUCUCAUACUGUUGUACAGUUUUUAAGUUCAUGUAUUCAACAGCAAAUAAACCAAAUUGUCUGUCA